AUGGCCGAUACCACAGCGAGCCAGGCUCCUGCCUCCCCGGGUCCGGCUGGAGCUGAGACCGAGGGCAGCGGAGCUCCUGACACUGCCAACAAGUUCCAAAAUGCCAUCUCAGCUUGGAGGAACAUUGACAUGACCACAUUGGUCUCGAACCUUGACACGACUGCAUCUGAAAUCGUUGCUUACCAACGGGACUCAACGGUCCAGAGGAAGGACCUGGCACAGAAGACAAAAGACUUCAGGAAACUCGACGAUGCCAGCAAGCUUGUCGAGAAUUUCAUCGAUCUCCUGACCAACCACUCCAAGUCCAUCAACUCGGCCUUCCUGCAGACCUACACUUCUCUCUCCGACGCGCCAGACCCGUAUCCCCUCCUCGAAGCAUCCGUCGACUCCAUGCUCGUCUCUGAAGACACCCUGCCAAAGCUCACUGAGGAAAACCAGCACUUGCAGAGCACCGUCACCAAGCUCACCACGCAGCUCGAGGAGGCAGAGUCCAGGCUGGAGACGGAGAGAGCCGCCAGGAAGCAGAUCGAAGACAAUCUGGAGACGAAGGUGAAAGAGGUUGAGUCAUCGUGGGUCGCCGUCCUGGACGAAAAGAAGGACAACUGGGAGGCCAAGGAGAAGGCGCUCGAAGACAAGGUCGAGAACCAGGACCGGCUACUGAACGAGAUCAAGGCCAGCUACGAGGUCAACCAGCGGCUGGGGCGCUCAGAGGGCGCGGACGAGAGCUCGCAAGGCCAUGUGACCAGCGCCGAGCUGGAGAUGGUCAACUCGGACCUGGAACGGACGAGUGCCAGGCUGGCGGAGGUGGAGGCUCGCAACGAGCAGCUCCGCCUCGAGCUCGCGCAGUCAAAGUCGCAGGUGCCUACGCAACAAGCAGCUUCGUUGGAGGACGACCCCGGCUACAUGCGCAUGAGGUCUGAGAACUCUUCACUCAUCCGCAAACUUGACGCAUCGCGAGUGGAGAAGGAAGGUCUGAAGCGCGAGCUGGACACCAAGCUACGAAGCCUCGAGCGUGAGGUUGGCUUACUCAAGGAAGAGAGGGAUUCGAUGAAAGCAAAGAUUCAGAAAUGGAGCGACUACGAUGACGUUAAGCAGGAGCUUGAGGUCCUGAAGAGCAUUGAAUUCUCCACGGGCGACGAUGAUGAGACCCAUGACAUUCCGGAUGAGCAGAACGGAGCGGCAAAGGGCAAGGGAGACACCCUGGAGCAGCUUCUCCUGGCACGGAACAAGAAGCUUAGUGAAGAGCUCACCAUUCUACGAGUGUCACACCAAGACCUCCAAAAUAGACUACAGAAUCUGCAGGAGGAACUCUCCCGGACGAAUGCCGAUCUCGAGAGGUCGCAGAACCUGAAUGAGAAGCUGGAGAACGAUCUUGCCAACCUGCAAUCCGAGCAUACAAACGCCUUUCCGUCGGGAGCGUCAGUGGCCGGGACAUACGUGAGCCGCGGCUUCAACCCCCGCGACUCCCCAGGCGAGCCAAUGGGAGGUGGCUCGGGCAUAUUGCCCAUGAUCACGGCCCAGCGAGACAGGUUUAAGAAAAGAAAUGCGGAGCUCGAGAAGGAGGUCUCAGAGAGCCAUCGCACCGUGUCCCAGCUGCGGCAGGAGAUUGCCGCGCUGCAGAAGGACAACCUGAACCUCUACGAGAAGACGCGCUACGUGUCCUCGUACAACAGGGCAGGACCGACAUCAGCAGCGACGGCGGCCACGUCUUCGUCGUCCGCGUCCGCCUACUCGUCGAACCCCAACCCCUCGACCGUGUCGAUAGGCGGGACUGGCAACCCGGGCAUCGCGCUGGACCGCUACAGGAAGGCGUACGAGUCCAACAUCUCGCCCUUUGCGGCGUUCCGGGGCAGAGAGUCGGCACGGGCAUACAAGCGCAUGAGCUUCCCCGAGCGGGUGGUCUACUCGGUGACGAGGAUGGUGCUGGCCUCGCGGACGAGCAGGAAUCUAUUUGCGGCGUACUGCGUCGCGCUGCACGUCCUGGUCUUCUUCUCCCUCUACUGGCUCGGCACCUCGGAUGCCGAGCAGCACGCUACCAACUUUGGCUCGAGCGUUGCUGCUGCCGCCGCUGGAGCCGCCGCGGCGGGGGCGGCUGGAGGGGACGAUCACGGAGAUUGGAAAGCAGAGAACUUUAAUGGCAACUGA